GAGCGACCAGUCGCUUCUCCAGUUCCGGGUGCAGGGGAGACGAUCAUGCGUCUUCUCAAAACCCUGUCCUUCCUCAGGCGCCAAAACCCUAGACCUCAUCUCCUCCAUUCGACCCUCGGGAAGCCUCUCUCAGCUCGCCCUCAAUGCGGCUUCGCCACCACCCCGCCGGCCUCUAAGAGCCCGACUCGAUCCCACGCCGGGAGAAACCUCAGCGACGGGAAGAAGCCGCUGGACGUGUUCUUCAAAGAGGCCGUGGGGCUGUCCCCGGAAACAGACGAGCGCGGCGUCGAAAGCGAAUCCGAGGGCGCGAGGAGCGAGUUGAGCGCGAGGCUGAAGCGGUUGGAGGAGGAGGUGCGGGUCCUCGAGAGCAGGGGCGACGGAGCGAAGAGCGAUGUGGCCGUUCCCGAGCGAGAGCAACGUGUGCCCGCGAGCUUGUACGAUCUCUACGUGGAUGGAAAGCGGGAGAAGGCGAAGAGGCCUCCCGCGGAUGCUCUUGUUAUAAAGGAGCUGUCUCCGGAUGCGGAGGCUUUCUUGGCUCAUUUGCUCGAGGAAGGCUACUUUAGAGAGGCUAAUUUCUUGAAUAAGGACGGGAAAUGGGACGCCAGCCGUUUCGAAGACAGUUACAGCAGAGACUUCGUGAAAUACGCGGCCGAGAAGUUCGGCAAGGACCACCAAGAGAUUGCCAAAUGGUUGUCAGGUAGUGACUUGAAAAAGAUAGCUCUGUUUGGCUGCCCUUCCACUGCGAAAAAGAGUGUCUUUGCUGCUAAAAGAUUGCGGAGUUUCUUCAGUAUUCAAGAGGACAAUGUGUGCAGAGAAUGCGUCUUGAGAGAAUCGUGCAAGUUUGUUAACCAGAAUGUAUGGAACAGCGAAACAAAUAACUUGAGGUUGGAUACUGUGAUGAAGGUCAUCACACUAUAUGCACUGGAAUUGGUGCCUUCCCAGUUGAAGAUUACGGAAGAGCUGAAGGUCUCUGUGAGUAGAGUGUUGAGAGACAUUCUAAAAUUGAGCCAAACCACUUCGCAGAUCUAGAGAAGGAUUUAAACUACUCUCAGAAGCAAAACCACUAUCCUGGAUCAGUAAAUCUUGUUGAUAUAACUUUCACUUGCUGGAAUAUGGGGUGUUCACGGACCCAAUGUUCUCUCCCCGAGGAAGGAUUUGAAUUUAGAAAGACACAAGGAGAUGAAUAAGUAGAACAUGCUGUGUGAUUUUGCCUGGAUGACUUUACACGAUUAAAGAUGACCUCGCUGAGCAUCACCAGACUGAAGGCAUCUAGGAGGACCCCACAAAGCAUCAAGGACGAAAAUUUACAGCUAUCGCAACCAUUCAUCGCUAGAGUUCGGUUUUUCCUGAGGAGAUAAAAUUUGCGAUCAUCUUUUGUAACUCGCGCACAUUAUGUGGCAGCUCCUUGUAAUUUCGAGAUCGGAAUUAGCGUUCUCUCUCCUUAUGUGAAUAACCAAGCCCAAACCAACAAGCAGACCGUCUGUGGUUCUGGAUUUGAGGGGCAAAACAUAAGCAGUUUUAUUUUGACUAUAAUUAUGCUUUUGGAAAUGCACGGUUGCAGAAGGACA